GGCGGCGCGGGCCUGAGCGCGGCCCAGCCCGGCGGCCCGGCAUGGCGGCCGCGGAGGCGGCGGCGCCGGCGCUCCCCGGUGAGGUGAAGCGGCCCGAGGGCGAUGAGUGGUGCGACAGCGGCCUGGGCUCGCUGGGCGAGGGGCAGCUGGGGCCGCUGCCCGCCAGCCCCGGGCCCGCCAGCCCCGGGCCCGAGCAGCCCGGCCCGGCCCUGGGCCCUGUCACGGCGGCCGUAGGCGCCGUCCGCCUCGCUGAGCCCCCCGAGGAAGCGGCGGCGGCCGCCGUGGACCCCGCGGCCUGGCUGCGGCACGUCCUGGGCUUCCUGACCGAGGACGGCGACACGGCCCUGCACUUGGCCGUCAUCCACGAACAUGAGGCCUUCCUGGACUCCAUCCUGCAGUACACGGGGGGCACCGAGUACCUGGACCUGCAGAACGACCUGGGGCAGACGGCGCUGCACAUCGCCGUCAUCCUGGGCCUGUCGGGCUUCGUGCGGAAGCUGCGGGCGGCGGGCGCGGGGCUGUGCGUGCAGGAGCGGGGGGGCCACACGGCGCUGCACCUCGCCUGCCGCGAGGGCCGCCGGGGUUGCGCCCGUCACCUGCUGGGGCCCCCCCGGACCCCCGCGCCCCGCGACGAGGAGGCGCGCGCCCAGCUCGACAGCGUCAACUACGACGGUUACACCCCCCUCCACGUCGCCGUCCUCCGCAAGGACCUGGAGAUGGUGGAGUUGCUGCUGAGCGCCGGCGCCGACCUCAACAAGGCGGAGCCCAGCUGCGGCCGCAGCCCCCUGCACCUGGCGGUGGAGGCGCAGAGCCCCGAGGUGGCCGAGUGCCUGCUGCGCGCCGGCGCCGACCCCGCCGCCCGCAUGUACGUGGGGUACACCCCCCUCUACAGCGCCCGCCACCGCCCCGACCCCCGCCUGCCCCAGCUGCUGCGGGAUUUCGGGGCGCAGGAGCCCCCCGGCGACUCCGAGGACAGCCCCGACGAGGGCGAGGGUGACAACAGCGACGAGGAAUAUGAUGAUAUCGUCAUCAACAGCGGGCGCUGCGUGGACUGACGGGCCCCCCACUGCCCCCCCCCACCCCCUCAAGUCUCCCCCUAUUUAUCCGGGGGCUCCCGAUGCCGUUGGCUGGACUUUGGGGGAGCCCCCGCUCCCCCCCCACCCCAACCCUGCCACCCACACCCCCACAGCCCCCCUGCCCCCCCAUCCCAGUUGUAGCGUAGAGAAUUUAUAUUGGUUGUUGUAAAAUAAAGAGGUGUU